AUGGCAGGAAUUCCUGCUUUAUCUAGUCUCAAUGCCCCUCUAGCAAGCCUUGGUAACUCCGAUUGUGAGGGUAUGAGCGCUCAAUUCAACAUAAUAAUUCCUGUUUCCCGAGUUAAUGACAAAGCAGCUUUCAGGAAAAUUCCGCCAGACUUUGUCAAGAAAUUCGAUAAAGAUGUACCUCAGACAUUCAUACUUGAGGGUCCCCAGGGAAGAUCUUGGCUGAUUUUAGUCGUCAAAGUUGGAGAAUGUUUCUAUUUUCAGGAGGGUUGGCAAAAUUUUGUGGAAGAUAACUCCUUGGAGAAUGACGAUUUUCUAACUUUCUGCUACAGUGGUUGUUCAACAUUUUACGUUGAAAUAUUUGGCAAACACGGCUGUAGAAAGAAAGUUGCUUGCACAACUUGGAAAGACAAUGCAAUGCAUAGGAAUGACAAUGCCGUGGAACAGCUCCAUGGCAAAUCGAACAAUAGUCCUAAGCAAAUGGGAAGAUCAUUACGUUCCGGGACAAGGGGUUCAUGUUCAGAGAUUAGUCAAGCUGGCAAAGUGCAGGACAACUCGAGACACAAUUCUGAUCUUUUUAAAGUUCAACUGACAAAAACUUAUGCUAACAAAUAUGUGAAGUUUCCACGAGAUUUUGAAAAUGUUGAAAACCAUUGGAGGAAUGGAAAAAGCGCUUUCUUGCGGGUUCAGGGAAGAGAAUGGAAGGUGAACAUAGCCGAAAGUGGGAAAUAUUUUUUUCUUUCUACAGGUUGGUCCACUUUUGCGAAAGAGAAUUCUCUGAAAGAAGGAGAUGAGUGCAAUUUUGAGCUGAUAGAUAACAACGCGACACAGCUUCUGUGCCCUUUCUUGGGAUUAAUAGCAAUGUAUUGGCCUUUUGCAUUCUGUAUUUUAAGUUCUCCAGAAGGAAAUGUGGCAUCCUUAGUUAAAAGCUACAAGUCAGGAGAUUGUGUUGUGGUUAUCAGAAUUGGUAAAGAUGGUGUUUCAUAUGGCAUUUGUGGCUACCUUUAG